AUGGCAAAUGCUAAUACGAGAGAGUCGCCGAAUGACAGCGACAUGCAAACAGAUGAAUCUGUAAUUACAAACACAAAUUUGAGCGGAGUACUUGGUAUACCUCAAAGAACUGAUGUUACAGCUUCUGAGGAAAACUCAGGUGGAAGGAUACAACUAGGUGAAUGGAUUUUUUCAAGAACGUUAGGCAAAGGUGCCAAAGGUACAGUUAAGCUAGCAAAACAUAGGGCUUCCGGUCAAAUCUGCGCUGUAAAAAUAACAAUUCGGUACCAGUCAGUUAUUCUAAAUAAAUGCAAUACCCAGAAUAUUGAAGAUGUAAAAUGUAGCAAAGAAUUCAAAACUGCAAUACAACAUGACAGAAGGACCAUGCAAGAAUUUCAACUGAGUAGAGUUCUUCGACAUCCUCAUAUAUGCAAAUUUUAUAAGAUGGAAGAGAUGCGCUACCAUUAUUAUAUGUUUCUAGAGUAUAUUCAGGGUUGUACACUACUAGAAUAUGUUUCUUCACAGAAUGCCAAAAAAUUAAAUGAGGAAAUAGCUAGAGACUUCGCAGGGCAAAUACUGAAUGCCCUGGCGUAUUUGCACUCUAAUAACAUUGUACACAGAGACCUGAAGAUGGAAAAUAUAAUGGUCACCAAUGAAGAUAAGACAAUCAAACUCAUAGACUUCGGUCUAGGAUGCUUUUACGACCAAAAUAGUACUUUAAAUGAUUAUUGUGGUUCUUUGUACUAUGCUGCACCGGAAGUACUGAAGAGAGAUUAUUAUAUUGGACCGGAAGUUGAUAUAUGGUCCUUUGGCGUGGUCCUAUACAUUAUGGUAACAGGAAAACUUCCCUUUAAGGGAAGAAGCAAAGGGAGACUGAUGAAGCAUAUUUUAUCUGGUCAAGUGAAGUUCCCAAACUUUCUCUCCAUGGAUGUCAUUUCGCUGCUAUCGAGAAUUCUAGAAAUUGAUCUGUCUUUUAGGUUCAGUCUGUCAGACAUUAUUAAACAUCAAUGGUUUUGGAUUUGUGACAUCAAAUACUGGGAGCUUAUCUACCCCAUGUGUAAAAGAGAGAAGAUAACAGAAUAUACGAUUAGCUUCAGUGUUCUGAGCGAAAUGCGUCAUCUUAACUUUAUUUUUGAUAUAGACGAAACAUACGAUGACUUAUGUGACAUUGUCACCGAAUGGCGCUACUUGCGUUUAGCAGACAUUAGCCAAUAUAUUGUAUUAGAUUAUUUGUGGGAUCCCAAAGGAAAUGAAAACCUAUUACCAUAUGCUGGUUCUAUCCUAGGAUACCAUCCGUUGAUAUCAAAAUAUUACUUAGUGCGAGAUUGGAUGCAUUAUUCAGAAUUUUCAAGAAGGCUAUGCCUGUUUUGCCAUGAUCGAAGAUCUACUGAUAUAGAUAAAGAAUUUCCGGAAACAUACUCAUUGUGUGAUGAUUAUAUGGAUAUGAUGAGGAUACAUGGCGAUUCAAAGGUCUUCUAUGAGACCUCGAGAGUGACGAAACGGGAUCAUCCGUUAGAGAUUAGGCAAGGGCUCUUUACCAACAUAGAUUGUGAAACAGAGGAUAGUAGCUUGAUGGAGAAUCACAGCCAUUUGAGUGAGCACUUUACAGACAGUCCUCUAUAUGAGGAGAGGCAAUCUUGA